AUGCCUAAAAUAUUAUCAACCCUGCUAGUUAUCCUUGUCCCGCUGCUAAUAUUCGCAGCAAUUUAUUUCUACCCACUUCUUGAAAUUACCUCGCCGGAGGACGAAAAUCCGGCGCUCGACGAUCCAAACUUAAGAACGCAAUUCACCCGAGAAGAUGCAGAAACUUUCGACGAUAUUUCCAUAGCUGAAGUACCUAAGUUGCCUACCAAGGACGUUCCAAAGCCUGUACGAAUUUCUAAGCCAAGAGAUUCGAGGACGAGGAUCCUAUUUAAUGCCUUCACGUUGAAACUCGAGUUGCCGCAGAAGGACAAGACGCUUGCGUCAGCGUACGUCACAAAUCCAACAGAAAAGUUUAAUAAUAAUUUCGUGACCGAAGGAGUUCCUAAGAUAGGAGCCAUUGCGACGUACGGCAUCAAUCUGCUGUCUGGUUACUUCAAAGAAGGAACUGCCGAUUACCUGAUAGUCGUGGAAGAUCUGAUCAAGCGCGUAAACGUCGCACUAGAGGACAAAACGCUUAUCGCCAAGCAGCACUGGUACGACGUCGCAGUUAUGCUGACGCGUUUGUUAGCAACCUACAAAAUCCUAGGAACCAACGACAAGGUCAAGAACAUUUGCCACGAGCGCAUCUGCAAGAUAACGACAAAGUUUAACUUUUCCCUCGGCGUAACGCGAAGAGGGGUGGAGCUUGUGUGGGUCGCGGUUCCUUGGAUCGUUACGAACCACCUCUCCAACAACCUAAGUGGCCUCCAGGUGACUCCGCACGAGUUCCAGGACCUGCAAAAAUUUAUAAACGGCGUCGACAGGGUUCCUCGCGGAGAAAUUAGCGACGGACUUCAUCAAGAAUGCUCGUUUAUUUACAAGCAAGUCACGACGUACUGGCCGCUGGUGGAGACUGGCGAGUUCUACUUCGGAGUUUGCCGGGCCCGGGAGUACGACGUAGGCCUGGAAGACGUCAUCAAGGGAAUAUUUAACGACGUCUUGCACCCAAAUAUGAACUUUGUGCCCUUGGGGCUGUUCGGACGCGCGCCCAAGGUCACUUGCGACGAUCUCGCCCGAGAGUGGCCCAAUUACACUCGAAAGGCGGAGUUUAAGGUUCGGAUCUGGCCAAUCAGUGGGCUGGGCGUGUUCAAGUCUGAAAAGUUUGCGUUCUGGCUCCGCGUUCAACGGAACCAUAUCGUCGCGUACGAAAGUGAUUAUGAGAACUUUGAGUACGCCGCGGGAUGGAUCCAGAUGCGGAAGCUGUACCAGGUGGCGCAAAAGGAUAAAUACAAGACGACUCUGACCCGAAAGGAGCUCAGGGACCAGCCCGGCGUAAUUUCUUAUGCAGACGAAAAAGACGCCGAUUUUGAAAGGUUUAAGCCGGUUGAGGGAAAAUUUGUUAAGGCACACGAUGCGACGGUUCUUAAGUCACACAUCGGGCACUUUAUCGACAAACGCGUGCUCUACUGGUGGAACAAGUACCAGUUUGAGUUCUACGGAAGCAAUACGGUGAUAGACGAAUGCGGCGUCUGCACGGAUAACGGGUUGGUUGUAAGUUUGGAGGUUACUAAUAAGUCUGGAAGAACUUUAAGGGUCAGGACGAAGGACGAAAAUUGCGGAGAUAUGAUAUUUAAGUGCAAGGUUAACGGUGUGGAAAACUUAGACGGUAUUGUUAAUGUUGAUGAUAAUAAAGUGGCGGUUAUCGACUGGCGGCAAGAAUUUGAAGAUCAAGGUAAAAAUAGUAAAGUUACUGUGAAUGGGGACCUUAAUUCUAAUAUGACUUUCUACAUUGGUAAUGAUAUUUAUUCAAUGUUUGUAGACGGUGAUAAUCAUUUUAUAACUACCGGUUUAUUAGGUGAGACCAUACUAUAUUAUUCAUCUACGAUGAAAAAUGUAAGCUCUUCGCUUCAACCCAUUGAUGUAAAUUACAAUUUCGUACUAGAUACUGAAACAUAUUUGUACAAACGGACAAAUUGA